UAGCACGACUAUAUGAAUAUAUAAUACGAAAUCAGUCUAAAUUUAUUGUUCAUUCACGACGGAGGUACGAAUAAAAUUUCCUGAAGAAAUGCUGCUCAAAUAUUUUGCUUUGCCAAUAAUAACCCAGCUCUUGGUGGCGACCGCUAAGCCAAUUAACCCAGGAUUUGAUGAUCCACAACAGAAGGCGUUGGAAAAGGAGGCCAAGGAGGAGACAGUAAAUCUUCUGAACUCCCUUUUUCGCUCUCAGAUCGAAUAUUUCACGGAGGUGAAUGCCAACCUGAAUCCACAAACGAAGAGGGCCGCUGAUAUCCGUCUGUAUAUUACGCGAUUGAACCAAGCCAUUGCUGAGAGUGAGCUGGACGAAAAGGAUAAAAUGUGGCUGGACAUUUUCGAAGAAUUCAAGGGCUCUCCUUUGCUAUUAAACCGGGAGGAGGAGACAGGUCUCACCGAUAUGCAAUACAAAAUCGUGUUAACGGGCAAAAAAUUGCAGGACAUAUCAACUGCAUUCGUAUCGGAUGUUGCUGAUUAUUUCUGGAAAAUGGCCAAGAUCAGUGGAAAAGUGGUUGAGAACCACUUCGACGGUAAAAAUCGCCUCCCAAGUCCUACAUCCUAGAGCUCAGUCAUAUCCGUAUAAUCAGAAAAUGUGAAAAUAAAAACUUUUUUGCUAAUAA